AAGCUUGAUAUAGAUAGUUGUCCUCAAACAUUUCGUUCGUCUUCAAUUGAAAGAGAAAUACACAAUUCCAUUUCUUGUCUCAUAAUCCAAAAUGCACACCGACAAAUCCAAAGUUCUUUUGUUCGGUAGCGGUGGAGUCGGCACGAUCGCAGCUCUAAACCUCGAAGUUGGUGGUCACGCCGAAGUCACAGCAGUAUUGAGAUCGAAUUUCAAAGCAGUCAAGGAGAGAGGUUUCGAAAUUGCAUCUUGUGAUCAUGGAACCUUGAAAGGAUGGCGGCCAACUGAGGUCAUCGACCAUGUUCCAAAGGCAUCGGAGAAACAGUUCGACUACAUUGUCUGCACCACAAAGAAUCAGCCUGACUGCCCACCUGCUCUGACAGAACUCAUUGCUCCUGCUGUUCAGCCUGGACGCACAGUUAUUGUUCUCAUUCAAAAUGGGUUGAACAUCGAGAAGCCAAUUUUUGAUGCAUUCCCCAACAACAUCGUCCUCUCAGGUGUGAGUAUGAUUGGAUCACAUGAAACCGAACCUGGUGUGAUCGAGCAUGAUGACAACGACCGAGUAUUGAUUGGACCCUUCCAUAAUCCCAAUCUAUCAGCAAAGGACGAGGAAGCCGCAGCAAGGGACUUUGUCCGAAUUUACUCUGCAGGUGGAAAGACCGACUGCGAACUACAGUUGGACGUCAACUUUGCGAGAUGGCGAAAGUUGGUCUACAACGCUUGCUUGAACUCGAUUUGCGCUCUUACCGGAUUGGACACUGGUCGUAUCCGACUUGCAGACGGUGCAAUUGAUGGUCUUGUCAAGCCUGCUAUGGAAGAGAUUAGAGCCGCAGCGAAAGCAGUUGGCGUGGAACUUCCUCCUGAUGUCUGCGACUUCAUGAUCAACAUCGAUCCUUUGACGAUGUAUCUUCCCCCAUCAAUGCUAGGCGAUAUCAGAAAGGGCAAUUUUACAGAGUUUGAGAACAUCGUAGGAGAACCUCUAAGAGUCGGUACUGCUUUAGGUGUGCCAAUGCCAACAUUGCAGGUCCUCUACCAUCUCCUCCAGGCGAUUCAAUGGCGGACUAAGGAGGCAAGAGGCAAGGUGACGAUCCCACCAAAGGGUACAUUUGUCGCCGAGUAGAUGAAUGAUCUACGAUAAAGAUGAUAAAUGAUUGAAUAAUUCGUAGCACAAUACAUCUGUUGCCCUCACGGGAAUACCCUGCCUUUUGAGAACAUGAUUAGAUCAGAGGGAACAGUGCCGUAACUUUCGCG